GUUGCCGUGCAAGCAGCGCCCGUUCGGCCAGCUUCCUUCCACGGCGAUCGCGGUGCUAGGUCGCCCAAGAGCGCCGCCGCCGUGCAUAGAGCCGGACUCGAAGAAGCAAGGCCGGCCCGGAGUCCGAACUCUGAACCCGGGCGAGGAGGAGGAGCAGCAGCAGAAAACGGUGCUUUGACCUCGGCGCCGCUUCGAGCCGUCGCCGACGGGGGCGCGACUGCGGCGGCAGCCGAGGGCGAGGAGGGUUCGCCGGCGCCAGCGGGGCCCCAGCAGACGCGCCAGUCGGCCUCUUGCUAUGCGCCGAGUGCUGUUGUGGGACGACUGGAUCUACCGUGUGGGGGCGCCGCGCGUCGUCGUCGCAGUAGUCAUGGCCGCCGAGCAGCAGCAGCAGAAGCGUGUCUCAUCGGCAGUUGCGGGCCCGUGCUCUAGCGCCGGUCGUGUUUAGCAGUGCGGCCCGGCGGCAGCAGUGUGCAGCAGUGGCGACCGUGUGCAUGUGGCGCGGUGCUCGCGGGCGGCCGUCGAGCCCCAGAGCCGCCGCCAUGGGGGCCGGCGGGGCCGCACUGGGGCGGCGGCGACAGCGGCAGCGGUGAGCAGCGCGUCCCGCUCGGCGGCCUGUAUGCCACGGCGAGCUGGGACACCUCGGCGCUAUGGUGUGCGUUCAUGUUCGCCAGUAAGCGGUGCAAAUUGGUGAAACGCCUGUGGGAAGAAAGCGCCAAACUGGUAAAGUCGUACUACGCGUCGUCGCAGCCGCCGCUGUGCGCGGCGGCAUCGCCGACGGUCAACUAUGAAGCCUUCUGUUCGCUGGAGGACCGCAAGGCCGUCGAGACGAUGCUGAAGCAUCUGUGCGUACCGCAGCUGCAGACGAUGCUGCAGGCGGUGCAGACCAAGGGACGUGAUGGCUGUGGUUGCCUGCUGUUGCCACACCACGACGUCAAGCUGCUGCACGAGGUUGUGGCGCCGCACGUGCUCUGCUGCCGACUCUGGCGCUGGCCCCAGCUCCGGCACCACUACGAACUGAGGCGCUUGCCGUGGUGCGCGGACGCGUCGCCGCCCAAGGUCUGCUGCAACCCAUACCAUUGGAGCAUGGUGCAGAAGCCAGAGUCUCCACCGCCGCCGUACAGUCUGCAGACCUUGGAGGAGAGCUACCUACCCAUUGAAUCGUCGCCGCCGCCUCCUUACAGCUUUCAGUCGAUGGCAGAUGCCUGCUCGUCGCCUUUUGGCUAUUCGGCGACGGCCCCGGUGGUGGACUGCACCGCUGGGCCAGUCGGAGAGGCCAGCGGGGACGACGGCGAACCGUGGUGCCGCAUCGCCUACUGGGAGCUGAACGAGCGCGUGGGAGACCUGUACUCGGUGCAGCGGCCGUGGUUGCACGUCACCUUCGAUGAGUGCGCUCCCUCGUCGGCGCGCGAAGAGGCGCUCCGGCUGCACUCGCUGGCCGGGCGCUCUUCCUCCCCCGGCGCGCCGUGCAAGGAGGAGCGCGACGUGGUGCGGACUACGCGUGCCAAGAUCGGCCAGGGCCUGACCCUGCUGCAGGAGCGCGACGGCGUGUGGCUCUACAACCGCUCCCAGCACGCCGUGUUUGUGGCGUCGCCGACGCUCGACGUGCCCACGGUGCGCAACCUCACAGUAUUCAAGGUGCAGCCGGGCUACUGUCUGCGCGUCUUCGACUGGGAGCGGGCGCGCUUCUACCGCAGCAUCCCGUCGGUCUCGUGGGACGGCCCGUACGCGCCCAACGUGGCGCGCAUCUCCUUCGUCAAGGGCUGGGGCCCCAACUACGUCCGCCAGGUCGUCACCGCACUGCCCUGCUCCCUCGAACUGUUUUUUCGCACCACGCCGCCUCCGCCCAGGUGAUGGGGCUGAAAAGAAACGAAAAAAAAAAAAAGAACUCUCGUUUUCUUUGCUCGGCCCCGGCUGGACGAGAGGUUCCCGUGCAGACCGCCGUUGUCGCGGGUUGCGGGUCUGCCUGACCUCUUUUCUUUUUUAACAUUCUCGCACUGCCCCACUCCCCGUGCUUGUGUCGGCCGGACACGCGGCAGCGGCUGCGUCCCGUCGCUAUGAAGGCGGCGCGGACCCGUUCGUCGUGGCAGGGAGCGAGACCCCGGUAGGGAGAGGCUUUUUCUUUUUGUGGUCGGUUUGCGCCGAGGAAGCAGAGGGCGUGUGAAAGCUUUCUGGUUACGUGUGCGCGGGAUGUUCCUCGGGUAGGCUGAAGUGGCACCGUCUCUUUCAUUCGCUUUGUUGCUCCCCGACCAUUCAGCUGGAAACAACUGGCUUGAGGGCGAGGCACUCCAUCGCACCAGUGCGCAAGGACGCAAACGAGCGUUGCGUUUCGACUGAUUAGGCCAGGUCGUCACGUUGUACUUCUUCACAGCUGAUUGGUUGUAUUGUACCCUCACAAUUGGCCCGGUGUUCUCCGAGGCGCGCAUGUUAUGAAACCAUGUGUUAGCAGAUAGUGUAGUUUUUGCUAUCAUCAGUCAUGUGCAGUUAAGAGCUAUUGAAGCAUUCGAAAUGCACUUCUCCCAUUCUUCUAGUGUGCUUGUCAAAAAGUUGACUUUGGGUUUUGUUCUCAUAGACCUGCCAUGCUUUCAUUUGUGUAUGUACUGAGGAUCAAAAUCCGCUACAAUGAGUCGUUUGAUUUAAGCAGUUAACAGGGGCACGCUUUGCAGUCAUUGCGAUCUAACUACCAUGAUCAAUAUACAAGUAUACCAAUUGCAUACUUUUCAGCAUCAAAGCCUCACGCCUGAGAGCUUGAAAUUGAAACGUGCAGAGCACAGCUUAAUUUUGUGUAAAUGCUAUCUUGUUAACUCCCAUAGAGCACUGUAAAGGUGGACUGUUACCGACUUUAGGUGCCGCUAUGAUCAUUAAGAGUUGCUGUGUACUACCCAGUCCGUCAUUGCACAUUAUGUUGAGCUUUUCAUCUGCUACUGUGUACUCUAAUCCAUGCUCACCUGCCAAGGCACAGAGUUACGAAUAUAAAUAUGCUUAUUGGUCAUUACAAAAUGCAUUUCAAGCCCUUGAUCGACUUGUGUAGUCUUAUUCCUUGCAUUACUUGACCAAAGGGAUGUGACUUUUCAUUUCUUGUGGGGUGUUCUGGGUACGUGCUAUUUGCCAGGUUAGCAAAGAGUGGAGUACACAUAGUGUGUGCACUUAUGGAUGUCUUCAAAACAAAAAAUCCAUUGAAAUACCAUAUUGAGUACAUAAAAUAUGGCUGCAUUCACAUCAAUGUUGUAAAAGUCUCGAUUCCAUAAAGACUAGUGCCUAUUUUUCAUAUUGCAAAACGUUUUGUUCCUAUUGGCACUGUAUAGCUGUAUGUUUGUUGCUACUGUAUUUUGAAUGUACCCCUGUGCACAGGUCUCAGCAGCUAUCUUGUGCCUGCUCCAGUUAACUGUAAAAGCAAAUGUUUAGAAGCAGAAAUUGCCUGUGCCGAUGCUUCUGUUGUGUGCUCUGAAAGGACGUGCUGAAACCAGUCACAUUUAAUAGUUCUGUCCUUGCUCAAAGUGCCGACGGAAACACUUGAGCUGUUCUUUACACUAGCUUUACAGCUGUACAUGUCUUAAUUGUGACCAUUCAAGACACUGAAGUGGUUUUUAUGCUGGUGUAUUAUGCACAUUUAGUGUGUUUUUCAAAAUCUGUUAAAGUUGAGUAUUGCUACUGUAAACUGUUUGCCUAGGCAAGUGCUGAGGCCAUCUCUUCCCAUGAUUUGACAGUUCUUCCGUCAGCUGGAUGACUGCAUGUUGCUUGCGUAGGAGCAUCGAUCGCUAGCAUGAUGGAAUUAAUUUAACUUGCCUGGCACUGCAAAGUGCAUUGAAAUUGCAAACAAUUUUUUACCAUGUUACAAAAUUCGGCAACAUUCCUUGUCUUGGGAUUUAUUUAGCUGUAUAUUCUGUCAAGUUAUGUGCUUGAAUAUCAUCUUUUCUAACCAUUUCAGUGUCUUUCAGAAAAUCACUAAAAUAAUACUGUUGGUUUCCAUGCAAAAUGUGCCAGACUUGUGCUGUAAGUUUAUGUCAAUGCCCCUCCCUCUCUUUCAUUAGCUGAUAUGGUCGAGAUGCUUGCAAAGAUGAAUAUAGCGCUUGAUGGUGUAGUCUAUGAUAACCGGUGUCAAGUUUGUGCAACAUGUGUGGACCGAAGAAUCUGUGAGGCAGGUAGAAAGUGCAGCCUGUUGCACUGUCACGUGUAGCCUAUAUUCUGCUUGGUGAAAUGCUGGGGAAGAUCAUUUGUGAGGUGUUAACCUUGAUGAGAGGAAGCACUAUGCCAUUCUUAUAACAUUUCUGUUCUCUUAAAAGAGGACGAGUCUGUUGUUCCGGAGUGCAAAAGGUACUAGCUUGCCCGAAGCAGCUUCUUCCUUCAUGCGAGUCAGCUUAUUUAUUACCGUGGUUCCCGCUGAGUAGGGAAGAAAGGACUGCCUGCUAUGCCUUUAUAUAUAUAUACAUAUAUAUAUAUAUAUAUAUAUAUAUAUAUAUAUAUAUAUAUAUAUAUAUAUAUAUAUAUAUAUAUAUGCUUGUGAUGUCUCAGCACAGCCUCCUUUUCCCAUUUAACCCUGCUCUCAUUUCUCUAAAGCCUCUCCUGAAAGGAAAAGAACGGAGUACAAAUUGCUUGUUGCAUUCUCUUUGGUGUGUCUGUAUCCGCUUUGCUGCAACUCGGUAUCUUUGCAAGCAGCUGCGUGUUGAGCAUGUGGACACUGUGUAGUGUGUUAAUUUGUUGAGAACUCGUGCUGUUUACUGUAUCUAGUUAUAUUUUAAUAUUAUAAUGGUAAGCAUGAAGAAUGGAGUUACUUAAAUCAGAUGCGUGUUGUUUGAGUCAUCUUCAUUUUUCAAGCUCUCAGACUCGCCCGCCUGUGCUCAUUCUUCUCAUAAACCGGUGUCCAGCCUGAGAGAUAUGUUUAUUGUAGAACAGAUGUUUGCUUCCUAAAAAGCUUCGAGUCACCUGUGCAUUUCUUUUCUACUUGUUCUUAAUCAGGUCAUCACAAUAACUCCUUUCUUGUGGCACAGCACAGCCUUUAGGACUAGGGUUAGCACUUGAUGCCCCAAUGCUUGUCUCUUGCACUGUCCAAAUUGACUUGGCUCUCUACAGACCCCCUCCCCCCCACAGUCAAACCUUGCUUCAGGUGGAGGCAUAUUUAUCUCGUAGGUGCAUUUGUAGAAGCUUUGGUUGCGUCUCCUGUUCCUUUGAAGGGUCAAGACGAGUGUUCCACAUUUUCCUUGCCACUCUUAUCACUGUUCAUUUGUCAUGACUUUCCUCUGAGCUUAGACUGGCAGCUUUGCUGAGUUGCUUAGCACUUACCUUGGCCAGAACAGCAAAAUACAGCCUUCACACUAUUUUCAAAAGUAGCUAAACAAGUGCUCUUGGUGCUGUUGCAGUUUAUAUUGCUUCCUUUGAAUUCUGACCAGACAACCUGAGAAAAGAUGCUUCAGUUGCCCCAAGGCGCUUUGUUGAUAAUUUGCUUUGAAAUGCAUGCAAAUGCUUCCGUGUAGCUCAUACACAUGUUGCACAUGGCAUCUUCGAUAAAUCUGUAUGAAAGGAAGUGCGUGAAUGAGUCCAACAUGCUUUAAUGUGUGUUGUUAGUGUUUAAUGUUGAUUGCUAUGCUUUGUCUUCUCACUCAUCGCAACUUUUACCUUUUCUUCUAAAGUACGGUAUCUUGACCAAGCCCACCUGUCAUUGUGUAGGAAUGUGAUGUGCCUUUUAUUGUUUCCUCUAACAUCUUGUGGGAGCUUGCUUUUUCCCAAUUGACAGCUUGAAAGCAUGAUUGCUAAGCUUUGGGUACACGUUUGUCCACCUCACCGAACUUUGUGGGGAAAUGUCUCGUUCUCUAGAACUGUGCAUAGUGGGUGUCCAGCCUGGUUUGCCUUCCUGACCGCGCAAACGUGGCCCUCCGUGUAUGCAGCUCAUGUCUUCCAUAUUGGGCAGACCCUAUCCUUCUAGCAGGGGAGGGCCUAGCCCCUUUCUUCGUCACACAUCUCACAUUUUUCACUCCUGCGUCACCAUGUGGCCUCCGUAUGUAACCUUUCCCCAUUUAGCUUUCUAUGCUUUCUAUGGAGGCCUUGCUGCAAGCGAGGGCACUGAGCUUCUACCAACGCUGUGCUCAGCAGGUCUGGAGUUGUGCGGUUGCUCUGCCACUUUACCUGCCCAUGGAACUCGGCAUUAAACUCUUGUGAGGGAGAGAUGGAGUUUUUAUUGGUGGCGCCUCCUGUGGCACUUUUCUUUUUAGCAGUCAAGUAGGCUUUGCGAGUUAAAACAGGGUUGGGCUGAAAAGCCAUUUUUAGGGCACCUUGUCAUGUUGCACUCCUCUUCUCUAGCUUGUUGUGUCUGUUUAUUCUUUCUUCCUCUCGUUUUUACUUAUGAAAGAACACACAAAGAAGUGCCAAAAUCUGUAGCAGCAAUGUCGUCGUCUGCGUCUCUUGUUAGGGCUCAGGUUGGGGAGAAAUGCAGGGAAACUGAGGAUGCUGUAGCAUCUUUCGUUGGGGUGAAAACACUUAUCACAUCUGCUGCCGUGGCUACAGCUUUGUUAGCAGGCCAAGGCCUUAGUGCCUCACUGCAUCUCUUUCAUGUCUGUUGCAUGCUAAGCAAACCUGUGAAUGUUUUCAGCAAAAGCGCAUUCUUGUGGUACAUGCACGUGCAAAUCACUCUGAAAAGAAAAACUAUUCCAUCCACUCUUUGGUAACAGAAAGAUUAUAUAAGUAUAUACAUAUAUAUAUAUAUAUAAAUAUAUAUAACUGAUGUGUGAACAUCAUGUUACGCAGCUAUAGAAGCUAGGCGAAGCCUGCAGAAAGUGCCUGGUCGGUUGGGGAGCUGGGGGAGAUUGUGUAAUCCGUACACUGUUGUUGAGCGUGUGUGUAUAGAUGCACUUUCUUUUAGAUAAGUAGUCUUCUUUCCCCUUAGAGUAGCCAAACGACUUUGUGCUGCCCUUUCUUACUUCAGAUGCAUGUGUCGAUAUCUGUGUCUCCAAGAAGCAUAUGAAAAACUUUUCUACGCGUGGUAUGGAAGUGACAAUCCAAUACCAUUCUGCCUGCCUCAAUGCCUUACGAAUACUGUGAACUAGAAGCAAAUGUACGAAAAAGCAGUGUGUGCGUGCAUGUGUGUUUUAAUAAGUUUGCUCAAGCGUCCUAGACUGUGCUGUAUUAUAUGUUGUUUCAUUGUAUUGGAGUGUGGAGGCACGAUGAGAAUGACUUAACGAAAGCUUUCCUUUUUCCCAUGCAUUUUUGUACAUAUGUAAAGUGUAAAUAAUGCGUUUUUUUUUAAUAGUAGGUAUGUGUUUUUCCCCUUGUGACCGGUUCCGCUGUCAAAUGCGUGGCUUUGUACAAAUUCUGUCAGAAGUGUACAAAAUGAAAAAAAGAUACUUUAUACUGUAAUAAAGGUACAGGUAUCCUA